CAGCCGCUGUCUGUCCCUCCGCCACGCGGCACGGCGAUAACCAGCAAAAGGUUAUCAGCGUCUCGCUCCCUGGCACCCAGGGCUGAUGCCCCCCUGGUCUCCCCCCGCGCUCACGGAAAGGUCUCUGUGUGCCACUCGAGUGACUCGGCCAGCUAAUUGGGGAGAUAGCGCCAGAGCCGAUGGCCAAAGGCCACCCUUUGUGCGGUGUCUCCGAGGGGCUCCUCAGCAGGGAGGGGGCGGGAUGCUAUAAAGGGUGCUGCCGUGGGGCUCAGGAGGCAGCUGGGAGCUCGUCUGGCCUCGCCGCCCCAAGCAGCCAUGCAGAAGCUCCUCCUGGCGCUGGCUUUUGGGACGCUGCUCUCGGAGCUGAGGCUGGGGGCUGAGGGCCGGAACCCACCCUACGGCGUCAAGCUGUGCGGGAGGGAGUUUAUCCGGGCCGUCAUCUUCACCUGUGGGGGCUCCCGCUGGAGACGGGCAGGUGAUCUCGAUAUCCUGAGCGGCCCCCCUGCAGGGGAAGACUCCUCAGAAACCACGCCUCCAGCGAGUGGGGAUGCCAGCCGCCUGCCCGGGAUGCUGCCCCACCAAGACCUCUCCCCCGACUACCACGAGAGGUGGAGAGGCAAACCGGGCCGCGGCCUCGCCGAGGAGAGCUGGCCUCUGGAGCGCACCGUCCGGGACGUCGUGGCGGGGCUGAGCACCUCGUGCUGUCAAGUGGGGGGCUGCACGCAAAAGCGAGAUCUCAGCCUCCCUGUGCUAGAGGCAGGGGGUUGGGGCAAUGGGGGCUAG